AGCUGUACUGUGCUCAUCACCAUAGGAGCUGAGGCCUGGUCUAGAGCCAAAACUUAGGUCGGCCUCGCUACAUCGCUCAGGGCUGUGAACAUUUCAUGCCCUGAGCACUAUAGACAGGUUGACUUGGUCAUGGGUGUAGACAUGGCUAAGUUGACUGAAGGAUUCUUCCAUUGAUGUAGCUACUGUCUCUUAGAGAGAUGGAGCGAUGGAAGGCUGCACUGUGGUGCUUAAGCGGCACGGGUGCAGCGCUUGUAGCUAUUCUGCUCUAGUAUCUGUAGUACAGAUGUACCAUGAAUGCCUUCCAGUAGAGCAUUAAGCAGCAUAACUGCUGUUUGUUCUCUCCUCCUCUCCCCAAGGACAGAAAUGUGUGCAGUGGAAUGACUUAUUUUGGUAGUGUGUGGGUUUGGGAGAGUGUGACCGUCCUCUCCAUAAGCGAUAAGGCAGUGGUUCUCAGACUUUUGUACUGGUGACCCCUGUCACAUGGCAAGCCUCUGAGUGCGACCCCCCCCCUUUAUAAAUUAAAACACCUUUUUAUAUAUUUAACACCAUUGUAAAUGCUGGAGACAAAGCGGGGUUUAGGAUGGAGGCUGACUGCUCGCGACCCCCCAUAUAAUAACCUCACGACCCCUUGGAGGGUCCCAACCCCCAUUUUGAGAACCCCUGCAAUAAGGGGACUGUAGUAGGCUGGGCUGUGGGUUGAUUUGAAGGGCAGUUAAAUAGUUGGUGUCUGAUCUUGAUGAGGGGGAGAUUGCAGUGUAUGGCAGGCAGAAGCAGGAAGAUUUUCUCAUAGUGUUUUUGACACCUGGAGGGGGGUUCAUUGACUUCCAAAAAUUCUGUUUAUGCCAACAUGUUCUGAGGAAAUAAAUGUGAUGAAAACAAGUAUUUAGGUUCUUGAAUAUCUUUUAUGAGGUUAAUUUCUGUUGAAUCUCUAUUCUCUUUGAAGCUUUGCUGAGCAACAUGGCUUCAGUAAGCCUAACGAUGACCGUGCCCUCCAUCUGAUGACUAAGUGUGCCCAGACUGUGAUGCAAGAGCUGGAGGAUAUUGUCAUGGCUUAUGGACAGAGUGAUGAAUACAGCUUUGUUUUUAAAAAGAAAAGUAACUGGUUUAAAAGAAGAGCAAGUUCAUGACUCACGUCGUCUCCCAGUUUGCCUCCAGUUAUGUUUUCUACUGGAAGGAUUAUUUUAAGGACCAGCCACUCCUGUAUCCACCAGGAUUUGAUGGACGAGUUGUCUUGUAUCCCAGUAACCAGAAUUUAAAGGACUAUCUCAGCUGGAGACAAGCAGAUUGCCACAUUAAUAACCUCUAUAAUACAGUGUUUUGGAUGCUUGUGCAGCGAAGUGGCUUGACACCAGUCCAAGCACAAGACAGAUUACAGGGAACUUUGGCUGGAGACAAGAAUGAGAUUUUAUUUUCUGAAUUCGACAUUAACUACAACAAUGAGCCCUUGAUGUAUAGGAAAGGAACUGUACUAAUAUGGCAGAAGGUUAACGAAGUCACUACAAAAAGAAUAAAACUGCCAAAGGAAACUGAAGAGAAGGAAGUUGAAGUGACACGGACCAGGACUAAAACUGUCCCACUGCACUGUGACAUCAUUGGGGACCAAUUCUGGGAGGAGUAUCCAGAAAUCCUAGCUGAUAGCUGACCUUCCUAGUUUGAGUUCUUGUGCAAAUAACAGGAAACAACUUAUCUGCAUGAGCUUCUGGGAAGCGAGGACUGUGGGGUGAGGCUCAGAUAAUUUAACUUUGUAAUUCAGCAUCCACAUUUUGAGCGAUACUGUCUUAGAAACAUUGUCCUUGCCUCUCAUGCAGAUAUGUCUGCCUGCAGAAGCUAAAAUCAUGUUACUUUCAAAGGGCAAGAACUUUUAUAUAAAAUUACAAAAUUAACCCUU